UUCUCCCUUUUCUCCCCCUCACCGACUCAGCCACAGUGAAGAGUGACUGUUCUCUUUUUGUUUCAACCAUGCCCUCUCUAUAUAAAUAGCUAUGCAGCAGCUAACAUUCAGAUUCCCCCCACCACUCACCCCUCAUCCUCCCUGAACCUUCCCCUUCACUCAUUUUCUUGGCAGAGAGAGAGUGAUAACAUAUUCUAAUAGUACCACCACUUGUUAAAGCAGAUAUAUAUUCUGCUUCAAGUGUGAUUAGCCAAUUUUUUUUUAUCUUAUCAUUGCCAUCUACAUAAUUAUAACUCUAUAAGCCUCUGUUUUCACCCUGUUUUCAAUUUCAUAAACCACACAAACUUUAACCAAUUAUGGACCUGUUCUCACACCACCGACAUUCUUUUCAACCCUUCUGUGCCUUCAUCAUCUUCAUCCUUUUCAAAGGGGUUUCAGUUUCAGGGGCUACAUUUAGCUUCGUGAACAAGUGCGAUUUCACAGUGUGGCCAGGGAUUUUCGGAAAACCAGAAAUCGGAAGCACAGGCUUUGAGCUAACAAAGGGAAGUUCCAAGAGCUUCCAAGCUCCAACCGGUUGGUCCGGCAGAUUCUGGGCAAGAACCGGUUGCCAAUUCGACAGCUCCGGCCGCGGAACCUGCGCCACCGCCGAUUGCGGCUCCGGUGAGAUCAACUGCAACGGCGCCACCGCCUUACCGCCAGCGACUCUCGCCGAGUUCACACUCGGCACAGGCUCCAUGGACUUCUACGACGUGAGCCUCGUCGACGGCUACAAUCUCCCAAUGAUGGUGGUCGCCAGCGGCGGCUCCGGCUCGUGCUCCGCCACGGGGUGCGGGGCGGACCUCAACAGAAAGUGUCCGUCGGAGCUGAGGGUGGAUGGCGGUGGCGCGUGCCAGAGUGCUUGCGGCGCGUUUGGGAAACCAGAGUAUUGCUGUAAUGGAGCUUUCAGCAACCCUUCGACGUGUAAACCUUCUGUGUACUCAGAAAUGUUCAAGUCUGCAUGUCCCAAAUCUUAUAGCUACGCCUAUGAUGAUGCCACCAGCACUUUCACAUGUUCUGGUGCUGAUUAUACAAUCACAUUUUGCCCCUCUUCUUCUCCAAUUCUAAAGUCUUCAACGGAUUCUCCACCAAAGGCAAUUGAUUCGGAUUCGGGUUCGAGUUCAAGUUCGGGUUCAGUAGGUUCAGGGUCAAGUUCAGAGCAAUCUGCAAUAGCUUCAACUUCAUGGAUGGCUGAUAUGGCUACAGCCACAGGGGGUUCUUCAACGAGAAGCAGGGAUCUUUGUUGGUGGAUGUUACUUUCAUUCUUUAUUGUUUAUCGUCUGGUGGCUAAUUAGUUUAUGUGUGUCUUUAACAGUGACGUUUGGCCUACUGCAUCCUUAUCUUCUUCUUCCUUUGAGGGAAUUAGAGGAACACGAUUGGAUAGUGUUAAAGACUGUGGACUGUGGUGGUGGUGGUGGUUGUUGUUAUUAAAUUAUGUAUAGAGUUUGAGCAAUUCAAUCAUGUGUUGCAGACUUUGGUUA